UUGGCAGCACUGGCUCAUUUCGCCGCAUUUUAUUACUUCCAAGCGCGCAGAACAUUAAGUAAUUUCGAAACUAAGUUUUAGUACAUGUUUAACAGUGGUGUAAUUUAGUAAAUAAUAAUGCAACUAGUGGAAAAUAAUGCAAAAAGAUAACAUUUCGAACAUGGAUUUGCAGCAGUUUUUGUGUAUGCAGCGCAAGCAGCUGGAACAGGACCGUCAGCGGCUCAGUGCAGCUAGUAAUUGCACGAAAAGCAAUAACAUAAACAAAGCCAAUACACAAUCGUCCUGUCCGGCGGCCCUAUUAAUGCAAAUGGAUAACUUUGUACCCGUGCAAUGUCAGCGCAUGGCCAACAGCAGCGGUGGGUGCAAUGAACCCGCAACAGCGUCGUCUUCUGCCUUGGCAACGGCAACGGCCAACCAAAGCGACGACCUGCAACUGGAACUGGAGGAGCCGGAGCAGGAGCAGGGGCAGGGGUUGCUGGAUGAAAAGGCCAGCACAUCGCUGAUUAAAUCGGCCAAGGAAUUUGUGAAUCAACGUGAGCUGCUCGUUGGCAGUGCGCGACAAUACAAAUCGCCAAAUGCGUCGUAUCGCAAUUCGGAAAGCGAGCGACCCCAAAGCGAGAAUCGCUUGCCAAUUAGGCGGCACAGAGAGGCGGAUGAUAUGGAGCAAUGGGUUACGGACACAUUUUAUUCGUAUUUUCCCGGCUUUAACAAUGAAAAUCAGAAACGACAGAAUUAUUUGCGUGAGCGACAGCGCGAGAAUCAGCAGAACUUUCUUAAGCACCAGAUGCUACAUCCGCCGGCGACGAAGCAGCGACGUCAGGUGAAGCUGUCCCAGCCUCCGCUGGAGGAGUUGCAAACGGCGCGCUCGACUCAAUCCACAAGCACAAGCACGUCGAACAGCAGAACGGAUAAGACUGACCUAGAAUUAAUUGUAAAUAGUAAUCCCAACUUCGUGCCCCCCAAAGCUCGGACUGGCACCACACGACAACAGCUGCUCCAAGACCUGGGUCACGUGGAGCUCUCCAAUAUUGUCACUGGCGAUGGCAUCAUGGAGCGCAAUAUGCGCAGUGCUGAACUGGAAACGGCGCGCAAAAAGGACUAUCAACGGGACCUAAUGCAACAGAUAGAGGAUAAACGUCGCUCCAUAGAAAUUCUUAGAGAAAAGGAGCGCAGGCAGGAGGAGGCCCUGACCAGACGCUUGGAAGCACAGUUGAAAACAAUACAUUUAGAAGAGCAGCUGGAGAAGCAGCGGCAGCGGGCUGAAAAGGCACGUAUGGACUCGGAGCACAAUCGAUUGAUGCGGGAACAGCUUCUGGCAAAGCUGGAGUCGGAUGCGCAGUUGUUGCAAGCCAAGGAACACAAUAAUUUAGCCGGAUCCGUUAGGAUGGGAAAUGCUAAAGCUGAUAAAAACGAUAACAACGACAAUUCCAGCAAAGACAACUAUACAAACACCAACAAGGUGUACAAAUACUUCAGCAAUUCGGCACGUCACGAAUAUCGGCGAGGUCAGCCGCUGCCGGCGGGCGUAGAGCUUGAUUUUGAGCUGCCGGAAAUGGCGAAAAUUGAACGCGAGUGCUUCCAUUUGUGCGAAAAGAUAUGUCCGCUCUGCGAUGAGCCGCUAAGGAGCUAUGAGAGCUGCUGUCUGCGCUGCCAGCGUAAAUUAGCGCUUAAAAUUAAGCAGAAGCGUCAGCCCAGCGAUGAAGGAGCCCCUCACGACGAGAAGACGAAUGAAGCUGCGGAUGCAGUUGACCAUAAUUGCCAAAACAGCUUUGCGAUGGUUUGCCUAAAGUGUGAACGUCUCUAUGCACUUUGUAGCCAAUGUCUGGACAAGAGCGAUGUGUGUCGUGCGUGUCAGCGGGAGCGAAAUGUGUGCAUGAACUGUCGCCGAAACCUCUGCUCGUUUUGUCUUGAGGAAAUUGCCUGUGGCAAGGAUACUGAACGUACUCAUGUAAAUGAGCAAGAUCAUGAACAAAAACAGCAAUCGGAUGAUGCCUUUCGGGUACUGGAACUAAAUUACAUUGUGCCAUCGUCGGCACAAGAAACGACUGCCUCGAAUCCAGUUGACGCUGACUCGCCUCCAUACUCUUUCAACAUUUCACCCAACUCUGUGUUCCAUGACGAUUACAAGUCCACUCCAGUGAAGCCACUGUUGAUCGAUCAACUGCCCAUCGCAUCGGGCAGUGCGAACAAUAGCUUCGAGCUGGACAGCACCGAUGAGCAAGCCAUGGAACGCGUGCGCCGUCAGACGGAUAAGCGUCUGUCUCGCUAUCUCAAGAACUAUGGGGAUUUGGCGUCCAAGCAUCAACAGCAACAGCAACUGCGCAGCAAAAGUGAAUCGCGUCAUCGCGGAACACAAACGACGCCACUAUCUUUAGGUAGGCGGGAUGUAGUGCUACACGAGAUACCCACACAAAAUCUAUCGAUGCCAUUGUUGCGGGAAAUGCCAAAGAUGACGCGCAAAGGGACGGGAUCCACUUAUACCGACAGCAGUCAACGAAAAAUGGAUAAUCUCAAGAAACGCUGGGAGGUGCCUGCGGUGCAAAAGUUUACCGUGUCAACGUCGUCGCCUAAAAUACUGACUCAAGUGGGCGCUAUACGUAAACAACUGCAGGCUGCGCGAUUCUUUGACGAUGUCCAGGACGAGAUGGACGAAGAUUACUGACCGAAAGCGAACAACAACUUUUCAACUAUUGAACAAGUUGUUCUGUUUAGUUUUCCAGUCUUACCCAUUUUUAGUUAUCUUGCACAUUCGAUUUUCAAUUUAUCACAAUUCGUUUUAAUUUAUUUGGUUGGUCUAUCAAAAUUCUAACCCUCUGAGAUAUUAAAUACACUUAUAUGAAACCAUGUGCUUCUGCUGUCCCAUGCAGCGUCAAAUUGUAUAUUUAAGGCAUAAAGUUUGUUAAAGUUUUUACAAAUAUAUAUAUAAACCAACGCAUUAGCCUGAUA